AGAGCUCAUCGCCAUCACAUCCACCAACACAGACUUCAGUUCGACCAUUCAUUCAUUAAUGGCCGCCUCUUCUUAUUCUUAUUCUUAUUCUUCUUCUUCUUCGAGAGUUCAACCCAUGUUGCUAGUGUUCUCCUCGCUUCUGGGUAGUAGCUUACUCUUCAUGGCUGCCUCCUCCUCCGCCGACCUCCACCAAGACGUCGACAUCACUUGGGGAGACGGCCGCGCCAGGAUCCUUGACAACGGCCAGCUCCUCACUCUCUCGCUCGACAAAGCCUCUGGCUCCGGCUUCCAGUCCAAGAACCAAUAUCUCUUCGGCAACAUCCACAUGCAGCUCAAGCUUGUCCCCGGGAACUCCGCCGGCACCGUCACUGCCUACUAUCUGUCGUCGCAAGGAUCAACCCACGACGAGAUAGACUUCGAAUUCUUGGGAAAUUUGAGCGGAGACCCCUACAUUCUCCACACCAACGUGUUCAGCCAAGGCAAGGGAAACAGAGAGCAGCAAUUCUACUUGUGGUUCGACCCAACCGCCGAUUUCCACACCUACUCCAUCCUCUGGAAUCCCCAGCGCAUCAUAUUCUCGGUGGACGGCACGCCCAUCAGAGAGUUCAAGAACGCGGAGUCGGUGGGCGUAGCGUACCCAAAGAACCAGCCGAUGAGGAUAUACUCCAGCCUCUGGAACGCCGAUGACUGGGCCACCAGGGGCGGGCUGGUGAAGACCGACUGGACCCAAGCUCCCUUCACAGCUUCCUACAGGAACUUCAAAGCGGAUGAGGCUUGCGUGUGGUCUUCUGGAUCAUCCUCGUGCGGCAGCUCCAGUGGUUCGACUAGUUCAUGGCUCUCCCAGGAGCUGGACUCCACAAGCCAGGAGAGGCUGAGAUGGGUGCAGAAGAACUACAUGAUCUACAAUUACUGCGCCGACGCCAAGAGGUUCCCUCAGGGCCUUCCUCCCGAAUGCAGCCUCUCCUAAUUGGACAAAAAUCAAACGCAAUCCGCAGAUCAUCAAUUAAUUCAUUUGCCAUAGCAGCCUACUACAGCCAUGGUUUCUUGCGAUAAUGAUUCUUUUGUAUUUAAAUCACGGAGGGGAUGUUUUCAUUCUCUAUGAUCGAUGUUUCUUUCUUGAAAUCAAAUAAUAAAGUAAAAUAAUAAUAUUCCUAAGUCAA